UAAAAACAGACUUUGUUUGUAUUGCUAGAGCGCAGUCUUGAAAUGUGCACGAUCUACUAGUGUUCUUCUGCCCCACAUCAAUGCUUAAUUAGUUGUAGUUCACAAGUGUAUAUAUUUGUGUUUUGUUUUUGAUUUGUGAAAUAGCUCAGGGACGUAAGCUAGCUGGCUAACAUUUAUAAUUUGUGGAGAACACCUAACGUGCGAUUUGUUUGUCGAGUUUAAGGAAAAGGUAGACGCUGGAAGUGCAAGCAACUAGCAAGCAAUAAACAAGCACGCGGUCAGCAGCUAGCUUGCAUCGAACGCAAUGGCGACCGAAGUCGAGACUUGGACUGGAGCUGCUCAGCACGAUGGUGUGUUUUCCUUCGAUCAGGAGCGGGGCGAGGCGGACGGCUCCCUCGGGGAUGAGCUGCUAAACGAGACGGAGGUGAACGGGAACUGGACGCCACAGGAGAAGGCCUUGCACGAGGCCCGCCUCAAAGCCAAGGCCAAGCGCCGCCUGCGCAAGUCCUCCUCUCGAGACUCCACCCGGGAGUCGCUCUCAGAGUCCAUCAGUGGCGAGCUGGGAGCUGACCCCCACAGCCCCAAGGGCAAAAUCAACGCCAAUGACCGCAAGUCCAGAACUGGCAAAGGCCGGGGCCUGCCUAAAAAAGGUGGUGCUGGAGGAAAGGGGGUGUGGGGAGCUGCAGGUAUGGUCUAUGAGAUGGAGGAGCCAGACGCCAAGGACCCCAACUACGAUGAAGUUGCACAGGGAGACACCAUAUUCGCCAAAGUGGUGCCAGAGUUGAAUGAGCAGGAGCUGGAGAAGAUGGUCAACCCCAUUGUGCAGGAGUACUUUGAGCACGGAGACACCAAAGAAGUGCAGAUGUUGCUGAAGGAGCUGAAUUUAGGGCCACACAAGUACGAGUUCUCCUCAAUGGCUGUGUCUUUGUCUCUGGAAGGCAAAGCUAGCCACAGGGAGCUCACCUCGCGCCUGCUGUCGGAUCUCUCCGGAAAGAGUCUCUCUGAUCGCGACAUGGCGCGCGCUUUUGACAGAAUGCUCAAAGAACUGCCUGACCUCAUCCUGGACACGCCUGAUGCCACACAGAUGUUGGGCCAGUUCAUAGCCAGAGCCAUCGCUGACCAUGUGCUCCCUAUGAGUUUCCUCGACCAUUACAAAGGCAAAGUGGACUGUGACCAUGCCAGAGCUGCGCUGGACAGAGCAGCUGUCCUCCUCUCCAUGAAGAAGGAAAUUGUAAGGCUAGAUAAUGUGUGGGGAGUGGGAGGUGGCCAGAGACCUGUGAAACAUCUCAUCAAAGAGAUGAACCUGUUGCUGAAGGAGUACCUGGUCUCCGGGGACCUACCUGAGGCUGAGCGCUGCCUCAGAGAUCUGGAGGUGCCCCACUUCCACCAUGAACUUGUAUAUGAGGCUGUGAUCAUGGUUCUGGAGUCCACAGGAGAUAAGGCUAUUCAGAUGAUGGUCAAACUUCUUCAGGCCUUUUGGAAAAUGGGCUUGAUCACACUGGACCAGAUGAAUCGGGGCUUCGAGAGAGUGUAUGAUGAACUCCCAGAGAUCAACCUGGAUGUACCUCAUGCCCACUCCAUCAUGGAGUCGUUGGUGGACCUCUGCUACCAAGAGUCCGUCAUUACCAAACAACUGAGAGAUGCCUGUCCCUCCAGGGGGCGUAAACGCUUUGUGAGUGAGGGUGACGGCGGGCUCGUCAAGAGCUAAACUGGGGGCGGUGUGAUCUGGCAUUCCCACCCCCUUAGCCCAUUCCCCAGGUCCCAGGCUGGGUAGGCUAGGGGUGUCGUCAGACUCCACUCUCCUGCCUUCUGUCAUCAGCAGCACCACCUCCAUCCACAGCCGCCCCACACAUCCACCCCAGCCAUGUCGGCAGCUGAAGGCCGACCUGCUCAAGGAGAGCCUGUGGAACACCUCCGUUAUCUUCUCUCCGGUGUUGUUCAUAUUUUAUUUUGUUUUGUUAAAAAAAAAAAAGAAGUUUGGUUUUGGAGAGGGCUUUGUGGGUCCUUACUGGUUUUGGUUUCUCAUUUGUAUUGUUGGGAAUGGGCUGGUGGCCCCUCCAGGCUCCCUUGUGUGGGUUGUGUGAGAUACAGGCCUCUGGCUUGGUUUAGCUGGGGAGAGGAUGAUUGAGGACAGGGUGGGGAUGACUCUGGGCCCUGGUGUCAGGGUUUGAAGGGUUAAGGGUGUUUUUUCUUUUUGUUUUUUUUUUUCGUUUUAUUUUCUUGGCUUCUGUUUGCUUUGCUACAGUGAUGUCCUCUAUGUUUUGUUCUGUUCUUUGCUUUGCAUGUAUAACGCAAAAAAGCACUUAAACAUAUUUUUGAAAAAAAAAAACAAAAAAAACAAAUGAAUGAAUGGAAGAAAUGCACCUGGACAUUAAAAAUGUACUUUGUUCCUGAGAACC